AUGCAAGAUGCAGUUGCUGAAGCAGUAGCCGAGAAUGACCCAGGUCCAGAUGAACCUGAUAGGCCUAAAACAGAUUUGUUUGUUGCGGUGGAUGGCUCUUGUCCUAAGACUUCCUCUGGAGUUGAUGGCCUCUGUAUGAAGGCACUCAAAUUCUGUCAGGAAGAAAUUACUCGACCACUGGUGGAUCUUGUAAACACAUCAAUUAGUAGCUGCACCUUCCCAAACGCCUGCAAGAUUGCCAAGGUCAAGCCUCUUUUUAAGAAGGGGGAUGUUAUGGAUGUGUGUAAUUAUCGUCCAAUAUCGCUCCUACCAGUGGUCUCAAAAUUCAUUGAAAAAACCAUCUGUAACCAGCUGAUUGACUACCUUGACACAAAUAAGCUUCUGGUGAAGAGACAGUAUGGUUUCCGAAAAUCAAAAUCAACCAAAUUGGCUCUUAUUGACUUUGUGAAUUGUGUCAUUGGGGCAAUGGAGGCUGAGUCAUCUGAGCUGCUAGGAGUGGUGUUGGACGAUGUUAUGGAGAUCAGCAUGUCUAGAGAUCGCACAGUUAAAGAGCGAAAUCAUCUUCAGAAACUCAGAGCAGACCUUGAAGCGAGGAGGAAUGCUGGCGAGAAUGACCUGACUAUAAGGGUGUAUAGAUGUGAUAGGACCUCUCUAUCGAGCCAGAAAACCAGUGGUAGUGGGGUGAUUGUGGCAAUGCGGGACCGGUUUGAUUCCUGGGAACUCUCUCAGUCUUCUCUUAACAUUGAAUGUGUCUUUGCAGCCAUGAAGCUAAAGAAUUCUAUUCUUGUCCUUGGUGGUGUAUAUCUGCCUCCUAAUCAGAACUCUACCCAAUACAUGGAAUUUGCAUCUAUUCUGGAGGAACUGUCAAUUACCGUUCAAGACAUACACCCAUUAUUGAUUAUUGGAGAUUUUAACUUGCCGAACGUGGACUGGUCCAGUCUCUUUACCCACCUCAACACAUCAGCCCAACGUAUUUAUGAUGUUAUGAAUUUCCUUGAUCUUAAGCAGUACAAUAAUAUCUACAAUGAUCGAGGUGUCCUUCUGGAUUUGGUCUUUUCUUCUGUGAACUUGCGAGUCCUGAAUGCCUCAGACCCUCUUCUUCCUGUGGAAUGUCACCAUCCUGCGCUGGAAAUGGACCUGGAUAUUAAUACUUCAGAAAACCUCUUCUAUAGUGCAUUUGUUCCCAAUCUAAGGAAAUGUGAUCUAGCCCAUGUGUUUGACUGGGUUCAGCGUCUGAACUAUCCUGUGUUCGAUAACAGUGUUCCUGUCGAAGACUUAUUUUCAGAAUUUUGUUUCCAACUUAGCUGCAAUAUCAGGAGCGCAUGUCCAUCUAAAUACGUUGCAUGUAGUAGACUAACGAAGGAAUGCUACUCAACAUAUAUCCAGUCCAUUGACUCAUCUCUGAAGAGUAACGUUCGAGUCUUCUGGAGUUUUGUCAAUUCUUCCAAGAGGACUCCAUCACUUCCUUCUCGAUUGCAGCUCGAUCAUGAAUUUGCUGAAAAUCCUCAAGACAUCUCUAACAUGUUCGCCAAGUUUUUUUCCUCUGUGUACAAGGCUCCAUCUUCAUCUCCACCUAUAUAUGACCUCAAGGCAUGUACCACUCUCUCUUCCUGCUGUGUAACCUGUGCUGAGGUGGAGGGUGUACUGAAUUCGCUUGAUGUGAACAAGGGAGCUGGCCCUGACGACAUCUCUCCAUUGAUUAUGAAAUUCUGCAGUAGCGUUUUAUCUCCUCACCUUACCUUAUACUUCAACAUGCUCAUGGCUGCCGGAAUCUUUCCCUCUAAUCUCAAAUUGGGUUAUAUAGUACCUAUCUUCAAGUCUGGUUCUCCCGCUGACGUCAAGAAUUAUCGCCCGGUAGUUAUUCAGUCAUCAAUUGCCAAGAUCUUUGAAUCCCUGGUUCUGAAGAGGUUGUCAUUCCAUCUGAAGGGUGUUAUCUGUGCUGAACAACAUGGCUUUAUGAAAGGACGCUCGACUACUACUAAUCUACUAACCUUCCAAGAUCACAUUCUUACUGCCUUCUCAGAAUCUCAUCAGGUGGACUCCACAUACACAGACUUCUCUAAAGCUUUCGAUCGUGUAAGCCAUGAACACCUGGUGGCCAAGCUUGAAGCUAUUGGACUCAGUGGAAGCCUCUUGAUGUGGUUGAAGAGCUACCUUCGGGAUCGUUCUCUUCGGGUUCGGGUUGCUGGCUGUUUGUCGAAGCCUUUCUCUGCUAUAUCAGGUGUGCCUCAGGGAUCGCUGUUGGGCCCUGUUCUCUUCUCAAUAUUUAUAAAUGACUUAGUCCAGUACAACCCAAGGAUCAAAAGUUUUACUCUUCGCCGAUGA